GACCCUCAGCCCCUCGCUACCGCCGUGCAUUUUCAGUCGUCCUUCCACUUUUUGUGUACAAGUGUGUGUGAGGAGAUAAGCAAGGGAGGGGGCGCGCUUGAGGACAAGGGGCAUCUUACGGACACCAUAGGACUCUUAUGCUGUCCUUAGGCUCACACAUACCGAGAGGUGAGCUGGCCGGGCGCGGGCUCUGAGGAUUGGCCGGGCAGUACGGUAUGUCCGGCGACCUGCUCGAGGCGCCCCUAGACAUCAACGAAGCCAGCCUGCUCGAGUUUGAGUCCGCGCUGCACAUUGAGCGCGCCCAGUCGGCGGCCAUCGUCGCCAAACGCGAGGAGCUGGGCGGGUUCCGGUCUCUGGACAGCCUGCUGCUGGUACCCGGAGUGAGCGCGCGCCUGGUGGACGGGUACCGGGACCGACUGGCAUGCGGCGACUCUUCCGCCGAUGACGGAUGCUCGUCGGAGCCGGCGCCGGCGGAUUUUGUCGACGAUGACUCUCUGAUGGAGGUGCGGCCGCCGUCGCGGGGUGCCCCGCCGUCUCCCGGCGCCGCCAGCCCCUCCCCGGCCGCGCCCGCCUCGCCCUCGGCCGCCUCCUCAGCCACCGCCUCCCCCGCCGCCUCGUCCGGCGACGAUUUCAGUGAGGCAGGAACUCUGAUGAAGCGGAAAUCGGACGGCGCCAGUGGCCGCUCCCCGGGAAAGAAGCGCUGUAGGAAGGAGGCCGGCAGCGGGCCGCCGCCCCAGCCGCCCUCCAGCUCCGAUCUGGAUUCGGCCGGGCCUCCGGCGCUGACCGGCACGGAGCUGGAGCCACCCGCCCAGCGCCGGCCCGCGCCCGAUGGUCUCCAGAGCUGGGUCGACACCUACCUGGCGUGGAGCGGCGAGCAGCGUCUGUGCGCGCUGGACCAGCUGUUGGACGUCUCCGACUCGGCCCAGGUGCGGCACAUGAUGCAGGUCAUCAAGCCGCUCUUCCAGCGCGACUUUAUCUCGCUGCUGCCGCGCGAGCUGGCGUUGCACGUGCUGUCCUUCCUGCCGGCCGGCGACCUGCUGCGGGCUGCUCAGACGUGCCGCAGCUGGCGACAGCUGGCAGAGGACAACCUGCUCUGGCGCGAAAAGUGCCGCGAACUGCAGGUGGACGACCCGCAGGAGCUGAUUGCGUUCCGCCGGCGGCACGCCAUCAGCAGCGAGCCCGACUCAUCCGUAUGGAAACAGGCCUACAUACGGCGGAUGCGUAUAGAGGCCAAUUGGAGGAGCCGGGAGCUGCCAGAACCCAAGGUGUUGAACGGGCACGACGACCACGUGAUCACGUGUCUGCAGUUCAGCGAGCAGUGGAUCGUCAGCGGCUCGGACGACAACACGCUCAAAGUGUGGUCGGCCUCGUCCGGCCGCUGCCUGCGAACCCUGGUCGGCCACACGGGCGGCGUGUGGUCCAGUCAGAUGGACGGCCUCACUGUCGUAUCGGGCUCCACAGACCGCACACUCAAAGUGUGGAACGCGGAUACCGGGCAGUGCAAACACACGCUCUAUGGGCAUACGUCGACAGUGCGCUGCAUGCAUCUGCACGGCAAAAAGGUGGUGAGCGGCUCCCGGGACGCCACGUUACGCGUGUGGGACAUCGAGACGGGCGAGUGCGAGCACGUGCUGAUGGGCCACGUGGCAGCCGUGCGCUGCGUCCAGUACAACGGCAAGCUGGUGGUGUCCGGCGCCUACGACUACAUGGUCAGAGUGUGGAACCCCGACCGGGAGGAGUGCCUGCACACGCUGCAGGGACACAACAACCGCGUCUACUCUCUACAGUUUGACGGAGUGCACGUCGUGAGCGGCUCUCUGGACACCAGCAUCCGAGUCUGGGACGUGGAGACUGGCCAGUGUAAACACACCCUGAUGGGCCACCAGAGUCUCACAUCGGGCAUGGAGCUGAAAAACAACAUUCUCGUCUCGGGCAACGCCGACUCGACGGUCAAAGUGUGGGACAUUGUGUCGGGUCAGUGUCUGCAGACCCUCUCCGGCGCCAACAAACACCAGAGCGCCGUCACCUGCCUGCAGUUCCAGAACAACUUUGUCAUGACGUCGUCGGACGACGGCACCGUCAAGCUCUGGGACGUAAAGACGGGCGAGUUUGUGCGGAACCUGGUGUCGCUCGACUCCGGCGGCAGCGGCGGCGUGGUGUGGCGCAUUCGCGCCACGCGCACCAAGCUCGUCUGUGCCGUCGGCAGCCGCAACGGCACCGAGGAGACCAAACUGCUCGUGCUCGACUUCGACCCGGACCACAAGUGAGGCGGCGCGCGGGCCGCCUCCGUCCGUCUGUCUGUCUGUCUGUGAUGGCGGCCGCCGCCCAGUUACGGGUCUCGGGUCGCGCCGCGUUCUGGCGGCGCGCCCGAGCCAGGCUGCAGGCCACGAGGAGGCACGGCAUUACCUAGGGGCGCGGGCGGGCGGGCGCCACCGGUGGACGGGCGCCCCUAGUCGGGCGCCCACACACUUGCCAGUAUAGGGGAGCGGCGCCGGCGGAGCGGGCCGGUCCCCGACGCGCCGCUCGCCGCGUGACGAGCGCCGCCGCCGCCGCCGCCGGAGCGCAGUGUUGCUCAAUGGGUUUGUAGCGUCUUUUUUAAGACGGUCCGUCGUGCCGGUGCGACGGCUUAGUUAAUUACUUUUUACUUAAGAUACUGAACAGUGACCCAGAAUAAUGAAUGCAAUUUAUAUGAAUAAAUUUCCGUGUAAGGACCUGGCGUUGUCGCCGCCCUGCGCCGUCUGGGUACACCUUUUGUUGAUUGAACGACGCUCGACGUGUGCCGCUGACUGACCGAUGCUGCUACUGAUCAUUGGCGACUGGCGGCGCGCCGGCCGGCCGGCCGCCAGUCGCCUCGUGUCAUGCCGCAUGUGUACAUACCCAUCGUGCAUUAAAGUGAACCGCUUUCGUA